CAAAAUUAAGGAAUAGUUAUUGUUUGCUAAUCACACACACAAGCUGAAACACUUCCCAUAGACUAAAAAGUUGUGUUGAUCAAAAGACUGCAGGGUGUUCCAUAUAUCGUCCACCUUCGACGACGUAUUGAAGUUAUUAUUGGGUAUAUAACAAGAAACCAUAAGAUUCUACGAAAUGGCAUUCCUGGGUCACAUCGACAACCUUGGAACCAUGGUAAGUCGUGAACUACUCUCCGGCGGAGCGGCCAUGAACCAACCGCAUCAGGACGAUAGCGAGACUAUCGAGGGCUCCAGGACCUACAUUAAGACCUAUGACCAGGGGAGCCUGCUGCAGGCCAUGGGCAGUCCCAGCACGGUGCGCUAUGUGGGCAGCUCCGAGUCGUCCAGCGAAGUGAACUCGUUGGACGAGACGGAGUGCUCCACCCUGCACCGCUGUUUGCUCCAGUCCCAACGCACCCUGUUGGCGGAACAUGAGGAGUAUGCGGACGAUCAAGGGCUGGACACCGGGUCUGAGACUAUCUGCCUGCAACUGGAAAGUCCUAGAAGUACCAGCAGCAAUGCUUCAUGUAGCAGCUCAAGCUCCUCUCGCGGGUCCGAUGCCCAGGAAAAGAGCUCGACCACCUCCAUGUGCAGCUGGGAGGAGGCCAUGUCCCGGGGCGAGAGCAUGCGCCACUCAAGCUCCCAGGAGGAGACGCGCGAUUUCAGCAUGCCAUCGCUGCAUUUGGGAUCCGAUCGGGGAUCGGCGCCGCUAACCUACACCCGUCGCCUCCAUUCACAGCGGCUGGAGCGUCCCGCCAACGAGGCCUACGAGAACUGGCUGUCGGCCAAGCAACAGCAGGCCAAAUAUCGACGCCAGGCGGAGCAGAAGAACAGAGAGGAGCAGCAGCAGCGAACGGAGUUGCGCCAGAGGCUGUCCCAGGAGAGGUACGAGCAGUGGUGCCGACAAAAGGCGCAGCAAUCCCAUGGAACCAGGUCCAAGCAGGAGCAACCGUCUCGAACUCCACCCAGUAAAUCCAAAGGCACCACCACGAAAACCAACCUGCAGCAAUGGGAGCUGGAAAAACUAAGACUAGCCGAGCAGCGGCGUUUGCAAGUGGAAAUCGCUGAGCGGCGGAGGCAGCAGGAGAAUCGGCAGCGCCAGCAGCAGGCGGAGAACGCCUUCCAGCGGUGGAUGAGCCAUGUGGACCAACGGCCCAAGCCAGUGCCUAGCAACCAGGGAAUAAAUUCGCUGCGCGGCACCAUCUCCAACCUCUACAUCAAUCCCAAUCGGUGGGUCAACUGAGGCUGGCAUUGGGGUCAACAGGACUCUCAAGUAGCGGGCAGCCUAGUUUCCAGCGCUGCGGAGGAAAAGUUUAAACCAAGUGAAUGUAUAUAUUUACCCAUUUUAAAACUAUUAAAUAACCUAUAAAAUGCA